ACUGGCACUACAAGAUCAGUCAGUGGUUGACCAGGACAGUGCCAACACUUCCAUCAGUCACUCUACACGUCUGUCUGUCAGUCUGUCUCAUUCAUUCGUAUCGACUCACAUCAUCACAGUGAUCGGCCAUGGGGAUAAAGGCUUGGCUUCAGUGUAUAGUGGUAGCGUGUGUGGUCGUGGGUAUGUGUAGUGGCCACGCUCGGCUCAUUGACCCACCCUCAAGAGCUUCAGCGUGGAGGUUUGGCUUCGAUACUCCCAUUGACUACAACGAUAAUGAAGGCUCCUGUGGAGGCUUCAAUCACCAGUAUGCAGUAAACGACGGUAAAUGUGGACUCUGUGGAGAUGCUUGGGAAGAGGACCCCAGACCUCAUGAAGCAGGAGGUUUAUACGCUACUGGUACAAUCGUCAAAGAAUAUACACAAGGAGAAGUGAUAUCUGUUACUGUAGAGGUCACUAGUAACCAUCAAGGCCAUUUUGAAUUCAGGAUUUGCCCCAAUAAUAAUCCAGAUGUAGAAGCCACACAGACUUGUCUUAAUAUGCACCCACUCUAUCAGGAAGCAGGCGGGUUUGAGUACUGGCUGCCCACCACUAGAACCGGCAACUUCGUAGUGAACCUUAAUCUGCCCCUUGACCUUACCUGUACCCAGUGUGUCCUGCAGUGGAGGUACGUGGCUGGGAACAACUGGGGCAUUUGUGAGAACGGUACAGGGAUGGUUGGCUGUGGACCACAAGAGGAGUUCAGAGCUUGUGCUGACGUCGCCAUCUCUUCCCAACUCACCGGGUCGAGCCAAACCACAAGACCACCUUCCAGUGUCUUGACGCCGCACCCAACGACAGCCUCCCCCGUGUCCUCCACUGCCCCCCCAACGACAGCCUCCCCGUGUCCUCCACUGCCCCCCCAACGACAGCCUCCCCCGUGUCCUCCACUGCCCCCCCAACGACUGGCAACUGCAGGGCGGUGGGUGUAUGGCAGAGUAUCCCCGGCAUGGAUGUAUGGUGUAUGGAUAGCUGUAACCAUGUUCCAAGUUACUGCCCUCCCAGUCACUGUAAAUGUGCCUAGUUUGUCUCACUCACUACCCAUAAUAGUUCAUCUUGCAGCAAACUGGUGAUGAACUAAAACAAAGAUGAGAAUGGAGUAUUACUGAGGUAGAUACAGAUACUAAUAAUUACUUUACCUGUAGAUGUUACACCUGUUGACGCUGUGAUUAUGUGGUUGUAACUGAGAGUAACUUCCCCUUCCUUCCUUUUCCCUCUUUACCAUCUCCCUCACUUCUCUCCCCUCACCCUCUCCCUCACUUCUCUUCCCUCACCCUCUCCCUCACUUCACUUCCCUCUCCCUCUCCUUCUACCUCUCCCUCUCCCUCAUCCUUUACGCUCCUUCUCCUCACCCCCUCCCCCCCUGCCCCUCCCACAGGUAACUAUAUCCAGGUCUCGUAAGAGGAGACCCAUUAUGGUGACCCUAGAUUAUCUUUUAAUUUGUUUUUAUAUGAUUACACAAAAGUUUGAAUCACAAUAUAUAGAGUUGUUUUGUGUUAAGCACGGUGUUGCCAUACUCCACACGGUGUUGCCAUGCCCCACACGGUGUUGCCAUGCCCCACACGGUGUUGCCAUGCCCCACACGGUGUUGCCAUGCCCCACAUGGUGUUGCCAUGCCCCACACUGUGUUGCCAUGCCCCACACUGUGUUGUCAUGCCCCACACUGUGUUGCCAUGCCCCACACAGUGUUGCCAUGCCCCACACGGUGUUGCCAUGCCCCACACGGUGUUGCCAUAUCCCAUACAGUGUUGCCAGGCACGUAUAGUUUGUGACUGACACACAGUUCUUUUUAUAUACGAGGCUCAGUAUUCCCUAUGGUUCAAAUGAUCUUUAAUUAGGUUCACAAGGUCAAUUCUUAGCGGUGUUUACCUGAGGGUCUAAACCAAUGAUGAAGAAGAGUUUGGCAGCGUCCUAACAGAGAGCUAAUGAACACAGUUGAAUGGCCGAGAUUGACAAUGACUUGAAUAACAUUAGAAACACCUGAUUGUGAUACUGUUUACAUCAGGAUCACGUGGCAUUGUUUACAUCCCGACUCGCGUGACUAUUUUUUUUACAUAUGACUCACUUGUUGACACCUGACUCACUUGUUUACACCUGAGUCACUAUUUGAAGGAUGUUAAGAGUUAAUUUAUUACUGAGUGUGUUAUAGUGUACCCUGAAGGAACACGUUAACACACUCACCUCCUAAGUGUGUUGUGAAUGAAGUGUUGAAAGAAAAUAAGUCUUAUUAUUAUUUUUUCCCUUUGAGGUAUUUAUUUAAAGUGUUAUUAUAACUUAUUUACCGUUUGAUAAUAAGUCUCACAUGUGUACAAUUAUUUGUAACUCUGGGAUUUAUUUUUUUGAGCGAUUUAUUUUUCUUUCCUAUGGUCAAUAAAGGAAGGAAUUAAGUGUGGA